AUGAAUCUCUUCCAUUUCAUAUUCAUGUUGGUUGUGUUUUUCACCAUCGAGUCCCAUGGUCAACAAAUGUAUUCAGGAAACAGCGUUAUGGACUGUGACAACAACGAUGAAACCGGCCCAUCCCCGGCCUUUCUCUACGCUUGCAACAGCGUAAAAUUGUCAUGUCCUGCCUUCCUAAUGUUCAGAACCCAACCUCUAUACGACACGGUUAUGACCAUCUCAAAGCUCAUGUCAACUGACCAUGUGGGUCUAGCCCGGAUCAACAACAUCACCGAUUUCCACAAAAUCUUGCCACUAAACAAAGAGCUCAUCAUCCCGGUUACUUGUUCUUGUUUAGGUAAGUACUAUCAAGCUAACACCACUUUUGUUAUCCCCACAGAUUAUGACACUUACUUUACCAUUGCAAACUACACAUACCAAGGUCUAACCACUUGUAACUCACUUAUGAGAAACAAUAUUUACAACCAAUACGACUUGCACGCCGGUCAGAACCUUCAAGUGCCACUUAGAUGUGCAUGUCCAACGGUUAGUCAAACCGAUGUGGGGGCUAGAUAUCUCUUAACAUACUUGAUCACAUUGAAAGAUACAAUCAAAAAGAUUAGUAAAAGGUUUAAGGUAAGCAUUCAAGAUUUAGCUUUAGCAAACGGGUUUUCUUCUGAUAAUGAAAAUGAUAUUUUUCCAUUCACAACUCUUCUUGUUCCACUUGCUAAUGAACCUUUGAGUUCCAUGACAAGAACACUUGGUCAAAAGCACAAUCUGUCCAAAAAAUUCAUACUAAUCGGGACCCUAGCAGGUAGUUUUUCGGCUAUUCUAUUCGGUUUGUGUAUCGGAUAUUUUCUUUGGAGAAGAAACCGAAAGAAUAGUGAUAAAAAGGUAAUAAAAUGGGUGUUACCUAAAGAUAUUCAACUUGGUAUUGCAAGUGUUGACCAAAAUUUAAAAGUCUACAGAUUUGAGGAGUUAGAGGAGGCUAGUGAUGGUUUUAGCCUGCUAAACAGAUUGAGUGCUUCAGUUUAUAAAGGCAGUUUGAAGGGGAAGAGGGUGGUCAUAAAAAAAAUGGGUGCAAAUGCAAAUAAAGAGGUGAAAAUUUUACAGAAAUUUAAUCAUUUUAAUCUCAUAGGACUUUAUGGAGUUUGUGAACAUGAUAAAGCUUGUUAUCUUGUUUAUGAAUUCAUGGAAAACGGUUGUUUGAAAGAGUGGCUUCAAGAUAAGACUUCCCAAGAAACUCAAACUUGGACGAAUCGAAUUCGGAUCGGUCUAGAUGUUGCUAAGGGUUUGCAGUAUCUACACAACUUUGCAAGUCCAGCAUAUGUUCAUAAGGACAUAAACAGUAGUAAUAUUCUACUGAGUAAAGAUCUAAGAGCCAAGAUUUCAAAGUUUGGUCUUGCAAGGUCAACGGAGAAAGGCCAAAAUGGUAACUCAUCCAUAAAAUGUCCUAUUGAGUCAAAGGGUUACAAUGCACCAGAGUACAUAGAAUCUGGAACUGUGACAACAAAGACUGAUGUUUAUGCAUUUGGAGUUGUUCUUUUGGAACUGAUUACAGGAAGGAAAGUUGUGAGUGAGAAUGAUGAUGGGGAAGAAGUUAUGUUGGCUGAACAAGUUAUUGCAUGUAUGGUUGAUGAAAAGCAUGCAAAAGAUAAGGUAAAUUACCUUAUUGACCCUCGUUUGAAAGCUAGACACCCCCUAGGGUUUGUCAUAGAUCAUGGUGAGCUCGCCUUGCGUCUGGUGAAACUAAGUGUAGCUUGUUUGGAACCCGAACCGUCACGAAGGUUAUGCGUGAAUGAGAUAGUAUCCACACUCAUGAUGAUUCAAAUGGAUGCACAAAGCUCUGAUACCAUGUUUGAAGUUUAA